AUGUUGCAAGACUUGUUGUUAAUUGGCUUGACCAUUUUGUCAGCUGACGUUGCCUGCGUACGGGGGUGUGUUGCUUGUGGUGGACAUUUCGCUGGAGAGAUUGUUCUGGUAACAGGAGCGGGACACGGUAUUGGCAAAGAAUUAGCAUUGAAAUAUGCAUCGCUUGGCGCUACUGUUGUUUGCUGGGACCUAAACCCGCAAGGAAACGAUGAGACAGUGAAAGAAAUUAACCAGAUGGGCGGCACUAAAGCUCACGGUUACAAAUGCGAUGUGUCGAACAGGGAGGAGGUGCUCAAAGUGGCCGAUAUGGUGAGGGCAGAAGUCGGGGAUGUGACAAUCCUGGUGAAUAAUGCCGGCAUAAUGCCUUGUCGUACGUUCCUGGAUCACACGCAGGAGGAUAUCAAGCGAAUAUUCGACAUCAACGUGAUGGCGCACUUCUGGACGUUGCAAGCUUUCUUGCCCAGCAUGAUCCAAAGAAAUCACGGACACGUGGUUGCUCUCUCGUCGAUGGCCGGAUUGCUCGGUUUGACGAAUCUGGUCCCAUACUGCGCUUCUAAGUUCGCAGUAAGAGGGUUAAUGGAGAGCCUGAACGAAGAGAUCCGAGCCAUGACCAAGGAUAAAUCUUCGAACAUUAAAUUCACCACCAUCUAUCCGUACAUGGUGGACACGGGACUCUGCAAGAAACCGAAAAUCAGGUUCCCGGGCGUCAUGUCAAUGGUUUCACCAAAAGAGGCAGUUGCUGAAAUAGUUAGUGCGCAGAGGCGAAACAUCAAAGAAACAUCCAUUCCCGCGUGUUGGGCCUAUGUCAACACCUUCUUAAGGUGUGUUCCUGUAAAGGGCAUGGCUUCCGUGACAGAUUUCCUAGACUCUGGCGUCGAGGCUGACAGUUAGCGAAUAUUCCUAGGAUCUAUUAACGGGAAUGUGGAGGAAAUUAAAAUCUGUGUCCUUUACAAGAUCACGAGGACGCUCGUUAAACUAUAAAUGGGGAACAGUUCGUUUUAAAUAUUUAUACCGUUUUUUAUAUAUUUGUAUGCACGUGUAAUUAUUCAUCAGGAACUUGUAGAUAACUUCUAUUACGUAAUUCGUGUAAUUACGUAUUCGAUACACUGUUCACCGCUACAUUUGGACACAAUCCAAUUUCCUUUCGGUUUGUUGUUGGUAUUCCCUAAGGUGUGACGCGUGAUAAGUGUAAAUUGAGAGAUAUUUCUUGAUGUGUAAUAUACGGAUUUGUACUGGUGUAUUGUUUUCUAUUAAUUCACAGUAAAUGAAUGUUGACUCGUACCAUGUGCUUGUAUCUAUAAUGAUUAAUUAACACGAAAACGUAUGAACCAACAA